AUGUCCGGUCUAGCAGUUUCGGCCAGCAGCCGAUACCUCUACGAGGCAGAGUCCCUGUCCUGGAUCCGCAACGACAGCAUCAUGAGCGGAGACCUGGAUUCGAUUGUCUUCGCUCUAUGGGGACGUGGUGCGGCACCGCAGAGUGAGCUGGGCCUAUUCUUCGCUAUGGUCAACCUGGUGAUUCACCUACCAUUCACCGACCUGCCCGUACUUCGGCACUACGAGCUGGGAGAGCUGCGGAGCCAGUACGACUACGUCAUCGUGGGUGGUGGAUCUGCCGGAUGCGUGAUAGCCAACAGGCUGUCGGCGGACCCCAACGUCACAGUGCUGCUUCUGGAAGCCGGAGGUCUGGAGAUGGCAUCGCGGCAGAUACCGGCGGCGGCCCCCUUCAACCUAAGAGGACACGACGACUGGGAUUACCACAGCGUUCCACAGAGUAACGCCGCCCUCUCCUUCCGCGAAAAGCGAUUGUCCUUAUCGCGUGGCAAGGUGCUCGGGGGCAGCAGCGUGCUCAACUUCAUGCUGUACACCCGGGGAAACCCGCGAGACUACGAAAGGUGGGUACGAGACUAUGGAGCCACUGGCUGGGGAUACGAAGACGUGCUGCCACACUUCAAGGAGAUCGAAGACUACCGUGCCGGACCGGUCGACCGUGAGUAG